AUGGCGGCCGCAGCGCUGCUCCGGGGUGCAGCUCCAGGGCGCGGCGGCCGGGCCUGGAGCUGGCGGCUGCGCGCUGCCCCGAGGCAUCGCCUGGGCCACAGCUCCUGCUGUCACCGUGGUGAGCCCGCAGGCAGCGCGGCGUGGGCCUGCUUCCUACUGGACGAGCGCGCCCUGGUGCGCGUGCGUGGGCCGGACUCUGCGCCCUUUCUCCUGGGUCUGCUGACCAAUGAGCUGCCACUUCCAGGUCCUGCGGCCGGCGAGGCUUCGACUUCGGCGCGUUCGGGCUACGCCCACUUUCUCAACGUCCAGGGACGCACCCUCUAUGACGUCAUUCUCUACGGGCUCCCUGAGGGCUCCCAUGAGCAGCCCACUUUCCUCCUGGAGUGUGACAGCUCAGUGCUGGAUGCACUGCAGAGGCACCUGGUGCUGCACAAGAUCCGGCGGAAGGUCACCGUGGAGCCAUGCCCCGAGCUGCGGGUGUGGGCCGUGCUGCCCUGUGCCCCUGAGGAGGCCGGCAGGGCUGUGCUGCUGCAGGAGAAGGCCGAGUGCACCACCAUCCUCACCCGUGAUCCCCGGACUGCUCGCAUGGGCUGGCGGCUCCUCUCCCAGGAUGAGGGCUCAGCCCUGGUGCUCGGGGGCCGUCUUGGGGACCUCCAGGAUUAUCACCGACACCGGUACCAGCAAGGCGUUCCCGAGGGGGUCCACGACCUGCCCCCAGGAGUAGCCCUGCCGCUGGAGUCUAACCUGGCCUUCAUGAAUGGUAUCAGCUUCACCAAGGGCUGCUACAUUGGCCAGGAGCUGACGGCUCGCACCCACCACAUGGGUGUCAUCCGAAAGCGCCUCUUCCCAGUACAGCUCUCAGGCCCCCUCCCUGUGGGCAGCAUUGUCCCUGGCGCCUCUGUGCUCACCAAGUCGGGGCAGGUAGCCGGCAAGUACAGGGCAGGCCUGGGGGACGUGGGUCUGGCUCUGUUGCGGUCCGAGAAAAUCAAGGGUCCUCUCCACAUCAGAACCUCUGAGAGUGGCCUUGUGGCCUUAACUGCAUCUGUGCCAGACUGGUGGCCCACAUCCACUAAGUAG